AUGGCAGCAAGGAAGUUCAUUGACAUUGGCGCAAACCUGACGGACAGUAUGUUCUCAGGUUACUACAAUGGCUCUCAAAAACAUAAAAUAGAUUUGGAUCAAGUACUAUCCAGAGCAUUUCAGGCCGGUCUGGAAAAGAUUAUUGUAACGGCUGGUUGUAUGAAUGACAUUGCAGCCGCGAAAUCUCUCUGUUCAUCCGAUUCGCGUCUUUUUUAUACAAUAGGCUGCCAUCCAACUCAUUGCAAUGAAUUUGCUUCUCUUCCCGAUAAAUACUAUAAUGACCUGAAACAGGGUGUUAUCGAUGGCGACUCUAAAGUGGUUGCUAUUGGUGAAUGUGGUCUAGAUUACGAUAGGGAACAUUUCUGUACUCGAGAUGUUCAAUUACCCUAUUUCAAAAAACAACUGUGCCUUGCGUCCGAAAUGAAUCUGCCGCUAUUUUUACAUUGUCGUAACGCUUUUGAAGCCUUCAUUGAGUGCAUCAAAAAGCAUGUUGAGGAGCAUGGACCUAUCCAUGGUGUUGUACAUACAUUCUCUGGAAACAGUGAUCAAGCCAAAGAAGUGCUUGAUUUGGGUUUAUAUUUAGGAUUCAAUGGAUGUAGUUUGAAGACAAAGGCGAACUUGGAUGUAAUUGCAACCAUUCCCCAGGAUCGUAUUUUGUUAGAAACUGAUGCGCCUUGGUGUGAUAUCCGACCAACCCAUGCGGGUUUCCAGUAUGUAAAAACCAAGUUUGAGAAAAAGAAGCCCAACAGGUGGUCACCCGAGUGCAUGGUAGUUGGUCGGAAUGAACCUGCCAACAUCGUUCAGGUACUCGAAGUUGUUGCCGGUGUUCGUAACGAGUCACCAGAUGAAUUGGCUAAAGCUGCAUAUGAGAAUACUCUUAAAAUCUUCCCUCGACUGAUGUAA